AGCCGGCCGGUCGCGGGGUGAGUGACAGCGGGUGCGUAGCUCAGUCGGCGCUUGUGUGGCUGUGAGGGGAGUCGCUAGCGGUCAACAUGUCAUCCAGUCAGGAAUCCGUUCUUCCUAGCUAUGAGACUGAUAGCAGCCAGGCAUCAAAACUGAUCAGAAAAUCUAAAGAGUCACCCUUUGUACCAGUUGGGAUGGCAGGUUUGAUUGCAGUUGUAAGCUAUGGACUGUACAAACUGAAGCACAGAGGCAAUACAAAAAUGUCUGUUCACCUGAUUCACAUGCGUGUGGCAGCCCAGGGCUUUGUUGUUGGAGCAAUGACAUGUGGUGUGCUCUACUCAAUGUAUCGGGAAUACCUGGCAAAACCCAAGGAGUGUAAAAAAGAUGACUGAAAUCUGUGUGCUUGGUGGUGGUCUAUGUAUCUUAGUUAUAGACCUCACAUUGAGGUGUCUUUUUCUUUUUAAUAAAGAAGAAGAAGAAAAAUAAAAAUUCAAGGAUGUGGUUCUACAAUACUGUACAUGUCUUGUGCCUGGUAUUGAACCUUUAGGUUGCCAGUCUGGAUCUAGCACAAGGUGGUGGUGACAAAGCUAUCACAAUCUGCUGGCUCUCUUAGACUGAGACUACCAUACCCACUAGGAACUUGUGUAUUGUACAGCACAGUGCCUCUCUUCCCUUUCCCACCCAAUCUCCCUACACACAACUGGUAAUUUAUGGCAUUCUUGACCAGAAGUCCAAGAAUUGUAAAUAGGUCUGGAACCCAAACAACCUUCUUGCAUUGGAGUGGUGGUCCCUCCAGCUCAUGGCUGAAGCACCUAGGAAAGUCUGCAUGGAGAAGGUUGUACUCCUGCCUAUGUUGUCUCUGUCCUGUAGAUAAAAGGACUUCAGUCUCUAAGGCUAUAAUCCAGCACUUUCACUAGCACUAAACUCACUCAAAAUAAUUCUUAAAUUUGCAUAGAACAAAAUGCUUUUAAAACAAACCUAUUUUUAGUUUAAUUUGAAGUAUGAGCUGAGCAUUCACUAGUUGAUAAAACUAUUUAAACAUAUUUAUUACACAAUACUAAUAAUCGAGGCCCAGAAGCCCUAUUUUUAAUAGAUUAUGGAUUGCAGCUUCUCAGAUUAUUGAAUUUGGUAACUGCACAUUUAUUUUUGCAGUAUUAGGUGUAUGAUGUAACAUUUUUAAAUGACAUUUUGAAAACUAAAUCUGUACUUGAAGUGAUGCAUUUUAAGUAUGGAAUUAGAAUGCCUGACUUAAUUUGUGUGAUAAUUGCUGUUUCAAUGGAAGCUCUAAACUUCUUAGACCUUUGCCUUUAUUAUCCUUGGUGUGAGAUCAUAUGGAGCGCUCUUCCAUGAGCGAUUUAUGGUAACGUCAUUAAAAUCUGGCCUCAAUGCCAAAUGUAUUGAUCAAGUGAAGCACGAAUCUGUAACCUUCCACUUUCUCAAACUUGCUGGGAUUCCCUGGAGAUAGCAUGGUGUCUAAUACAGUGUUUGUAAUAAAUACAUUAAGCAACUCCAA